GCAACCAGCUGUUGGUAGCCAAAGAAGAAUUUCGGAAAAGUAUUUGUUUAUUUCGCUUAAAUUCUAGAUCUAAAAAAUGGACUAUAACAUACACAAAAUAUGUCGUGUUUGCCUAGAGGAACUGCAUCCAGUGACCUCGAUUUAUAGCACAGACUUUGCCAUGAUGCCCUCGGUCAUGUUGAUGCAGUGUGCCAAAAUAAGAGUCUUCAAAACCGAUGGUCUACCCUCGGUGAUCUGCAACAACUGCAUUUACCGGCUAGGAGUCGCCUUUCACUUCAAGCAGGAAUGUGAAAACAGUGACCUACGGCUCCGGCAAUAUUUGGGCAUCCUCGAGUCCUGGCGGCAGGAUGCGGCCACCAAUACGGACUUUGUGGAGAAGCCUUCGCUUCCGCAGCGCGAUAGCGACGAGGAGGAGCCGGUGGACACUAAAGUGAGCAAAAGACGAUCCCGUUACCAAAGAAAGCCACCAGAGGAACACAAGAAAAGGGGACCCAAACCGGUGCCAAAAAUGCCACAUACCUGCUACGAAUGCCACAAGAGCUUCAAGUGCAUUGCCCAACUCACACAGCACAUAAGGACGCAUACGGGGGAGAAACCCUAUCAAUGCAGUUUCUGCAUCCAGAGAUUCGCCCAGAAGUACAACCUUAAAGUUCACGAAAGAACGCACACGGGCGACAAGCCCUUUCAGUGUGAAAUCUGCUCCAAACAGUUCUCAGCUCUGGGUAACUUCCAGGCGCAUCAGAAGAUACAUUCCGGGGUGAGGGAUCAGAUAUGUUCGCUUUGCCAAAAAGGGUUCUAUACAGCAGGGGAUCUAUCAAAGCACAUGAUAACUCAUACGGGCAUUAAAAAUCAUCACUGCGAUGUGUGCGGAAAAGCUUUUAGCAGGCGAAGAGACAUGAGGUCUCAUAAGUUGAAACUCCAUCCUUUGGAGUCCAGCACUAAUCAUGAUAUAGUGGACGACGAUGAUGACGAACCCAUCGACACCGAUCCCGUGGGGCUGGACACCCUGGAUCACGCACACUUUAAGUGCCCGGACUGCGACAAGGCUUUCGAUACAGCGGACAGUCUGAGUCUGCAUUUUCGCACACAUGCAGUCAACAAUAAUCUGCUUAACUUGCCGCUGCCACCUGCACCACCCAUGUCGCAUCACUACCAUCAUGAUGCACUGCACCAUCUGGGGCCACCGAAUCCCGCCACUCAAAUGGGAAUGGCUGCCAUGGCGCACAUGCUAGCACCACCACCGCCUCCACCUCCCACACCUAGUGAAGGACGCUACACUAUGCUGCACCACACGGCUGCUCAAAGACUGCAUUACUGAACAACAUAAUUUGAAG